AUGGUUCAGACCCCAGCCUCUAGACAUGGUUCAGACCUCCAGCCUCUCAUCCUGGUUCAGACCCCAGCCUCUAGACAUGGUUCAGAGCCCCAGCCUCUAGACAUGGUUCAGACCAACCAGCCUCUAGACCUGGUUCAGACCUCCAGCCUCUCAUCCUGGUUCAGACCUCCAGCCUCUAGACAUGUGUUAAUAUGUUGUUAUGACCUACAGGGGGUGAACCAUGGACUGGACAAGACCGGAGGACACAGAGCUGAUGUCUCGACUACCAAACUCAACACAUUCUCUCUCAGCAGCCUGACCAAGACAGUGGAGAUCUCAGGAGAACACGGUCCUCUGGGGAUCCACGUUGUUCCUUAUGUCUCCUCUCUCAGCGGACGGGCUCUGGGCCUGCACAUUCGUGGUGUGGAGGAGAACAGUCGUUCUAAGCGAGAGGGGAUCUUCCAGGACGAUGAGUGCAUUGUUAAAAUCAAUGAUACAGAGUUAAUGGACAAAUCCUUCACUCAGGCACAGGAAGUGUUCCGUCAUGCUAUGCGGUCCCCCAUGGUGCGUCUGGAAGUAGUUCCUGUCUCCAACAGGGAGAGGUACGAGAAGAGCCUGAUUGGUCAGCUCUUCAACCAAUCAGGCAGUCCCAAAGCCACACCCAAGACUUCCUCUAAGGAGCCUCCUUCAAUCAAACCUGCCUUUAAGCCCUCUGACUCUCCUACUGCCCGAAUGGCUGAGGACAGCAGCAGCCUAGAGGGCCGACCAAUGGGAUCCCCCCAUCUCGCCCACCCUGUCCCCGUCAGCCUAUCGCCUGUCCCCAAGGAGAAGAGUGACAGCCCACUCCUGAAGAGGAGUCCCACCUUCUCUACCCUGGUGGGCUUCACCAGCAAGAAAGGAGGGAAGAGACUGAAGAUCGAUUUAAAGAAAGGUCCCGAGGGUCUGGGCUUCACAGUGGUGACCAGGGACUCGUCUGUCCACGGUCCUGGUCCUAUCCUGGUCAAGAACAUCCUGCCACGCGGGGCCGCCAUCAAAGACGGACGCCUGCAGUCAGGUGAUCGGAUCCUGGAGGUGAAUGGAGUGGACAUCAGCAGGCGCAGCCAGGAGGAGUUGGUGUCCAUUUUGAGGGGCACCAGACAGGGAGACUGUGUUGCUCUGCUUGUGGCCAGACAGGAAGAUGUUUUCCUGCCCAGAGAACUGAAGGAGGAGGAGGCACGUGCUGUCCUGCUGUCUGAGGAAGGGAAGGAGCAGCUGAUGUUUGAGGUUCCUCUGAAUGACACAGGGUCCGCUGGUCUAGGCAUCAGCCUGAAGGGUAACAAGUCCAGGGAGACAGGAGAAGACCUGGGCAUCUUCAUCAAGUCCAUCAUCCAUGGUGGAGCUGCGUACAAGGACGGUCAUCUGCGUGUCAACGACCAGCUGAUAGCGGUGAACGGAGAGUCUCUCCUGGGGAAGUCGAACCAUGAAGCCAUGGAGACCCUGAGGAGAUCCAUGUCUAUGGAGGGGAACUUGAGGGGCACGAUACAGCUGGUGGUGCUACGAGCCCUGGUCCAAUCAGAGGAUCCAUUUGUCCCUUCGAACCAGUCUUUUGAUGCCUCUGUCAGCUGCCCAGCCAGAUCAGCUAACAACUCAGCCCAGCUGCCUGUGGUCAACAACGUCGUCUAUGAGAGAUCUAAUGUCUUUAAUGGAAGUUCCGCCCACGUUGGUGAAGAGGAUGAUGACGAGGAGCUGACUCUUAUAUCUCCCCGUCAGGAAGCCCUGAGUCUUGCCCCAGGGGAUAGCUCCACUAGGCCCAUCCCUAGACCAGCCCCAGGGGAUAGCUCCACCAGGCCCAUCCCUGGGCCAGCCCUGGGGGAUAGCUCCACCAGGCCCAUCCCUGGACCAGCCCCAGGGGAUAGCUCCACCAGGCCCAUCCCUGGACCACAGCUGGCCCAGUUUCAGUACCACCACACCAAGACCUCCAAGACCUCCAAGAGCAUGGACCUGGUGGCAGAUGAAAGCAACGUGGGAUCACUAGCAGGCCACAGGUCAGAGCCCUCCCCGGCCGUGGACCUUGGUCCUACCUUGGGUUUGAAGAAGUCCAGUUCUCUGGAGAGUCUGCAGACGGCCAUGUCAGAGGUCAGGAAGACUGAGCCCCUCCCCUUUCACAGGCCACGCCCCCACAUGGAGGGGAGGGGCUGCAACGAGAGCUUCAGAGCGGCCAUUGACAAAUCUUACGACGGACCAGCUGAUGAAGAUGAUGAUGACCUGUCAGACCAGAGUUCAGGAAGGGACACCCCUGCCAGCGGCUCCUCUCGCCAGGGCGUGGGGGAAGAGGAGAGGCAAGACAAGAAGAAGAAGGCCAAAGGAACGAAGAAAGAGAAGCAGUCCAACAGCAAAGGAAAGAAGAUAACGGAGGACGUGGACGAGUCAGACAAGAAGGCCAAGAAGAAGAAAGGUUUUGGUUUACUGAGAUUUGGAAAGAAGAAAGAUGCGAAGGUAAAGAAAGCAGAAGCCAAAGCCACGCUACAGAGACAGAAAUCCGAGGUUCUGAGUGAAGAGGAGCUGGAGAGGAUGAAAGAGGAGAGAGAACGGAUCGAGGCGAAGCACGCAGAGCUGAGGGAGCGUCAGGCCAGAGAGAAAGGACCUCUCCCUGAUGUUGAGGAUGAUUACAUGGACCCCAACUACGCACGCAUCAACAACUUCAGAGACAACUCCUCCCCUACAGCAGAACCCGCACCCCAUCUCCCCAACGCCCGCCACCCCACGGCCUCGGCCCAGGCCCCUCCCACGGCAACGAGCCAUCCAAUAAGGACCCCAUGGACGGGCUGUACGCCAAGGUCAACAAGCAGAGACAAGCCCCGCCCAUGGCCGACAGGUGAGACAGGAUCCCGGCUGCUGUAG